AUGAAGACUCUGGGGAACCACACUCUUGGUUUUUCAUUACAAAAGCUGCAGACGGACCACACCCCGGUGCACCUGGCACUGCUGGACGAGAUCAGCACCUGCUACCAGCUCCUCCACCCUCAGGUCCUGCAGCUGCUGGUGAAGCUCUUCGAGACGGAGCACUCCCAGCUGGACGUGAUGGAGCAGUUCGCGUUGAAGAAGACCCUUCUGGACAGGAUGGUGCACCUGCUGAGCCAGGGCUACGUGCUCCCCGUGGCCCACAAGUGUCUGGAGAAGCUGGACACUGACAUCUCCCUCAUUCGCCACUUUGUGACUGAGGUGCUCGACGUCAUCGCACCCCCCUACACCUCUGACUUCGUGCAGUUUUUCCUUCCUAUCCUGGAGAACGACAGCAUCGCCGGCACCAUUAAAACAGAAGGUGAACACGACCCUGUGACAGAGUUUAUAGCUCACUGCAAGUCUAACUUCAUCUUGGUGAACUGAUUCAGAGCAUCCUCCAGAGCAGGAGCAGAACAUUGCAGGAGACCCGCUGUGGAGAAACCCUUUCCAGAAGCUAUUGUUGAAGAGGCCCAGUCAGCAUCUUGGAAAUGGGCUCUGGUGGGAGGAGGUGGAUAACUUUUUAAAAAAGGAACAUGUUAGCAGUGUAAUGACCAUUAGGAACAGUCCCCUCGCCUCGUGAGUCCAGGGCUGCCCCCAAGUCCUGUUUACAGUAUUCAUUUCCCCCAGUAGUGGAACUAGGUCCUGUUACCUCUUGGGAUGUAGCCAACUGUCAGCCCCGGGGGUGGUGGAAAUUCAGAAACUGAGACACUUAGAAGAACUAUUUUCAGAGUUGAUUUAAGUUUUCUCACAAGGCUCCAUUGGUUAAUUCAUAUUAUUGCAAUUGCUUUCAUUUUCCGAGAACAAAUA